AUGGCUUCCGUGUCACGGAUACCUCAUAUUUUAGAGCCAUAUCUCGCUCUUCCCUCAGAAGGCUCACUCAAUCUUGUCACAAGCGUACUCGGCGCAAGUUCAAAUUGGUUGCUCUUACGGCAUGUGUACUCAUACCUGAGAGGAAGCACAGAUGGCGAUGAGAGCACCAAAGACACAGGCGUGGUGCUGGUUAGUUUUAUGAGAGAUGGCGCUUUCUGGAGAGAGGGAUCUACGAAACUGGGAUUGGAUCUAGAUGCCCACAGCAGAACAGGACGCUUCACUUUCGUAGAUGGACUCACAGGAACUUACGGUGACAGCAAACCCCAAACUCCAGGCGCACGCAAAGAGAGAGUACUACGAGGUACAAACCUUGCGGAUAUCAAGAAGGAAAUCGAAGGCGCCAUUGGGGACUUGAAAGCCUCGCGCAAAGUUCUCAUCAUCGAUCAGCUCGAUGCCCUGCUUGCUAUCACUGAUGAGUCAACUACAAGCCUCACACUACAAAACCUCGUUCUCGGUCUCCGCAGUCUUGUUCACAGUACUCUUCUCACACUCUCUGCCGACACACCCCUGGUUGCUGCCCAAGCUACUACUCUCGAACGAGAGCAUGCCAGCCUUGUGCUCUCAACAGCUCAUGUGGCUGACGCAGUUUUGGCACUGCGAACAGCGAGGGACGUCAGCGGUGUCGUUCGUAUUACAGGACCUGGUAUCGAGGGAAUGGGAGGUGCCGCCGAGUAUCUGUACCAUGUUGUUGCGGAUGGCGGAGUUAAAGUCUUCGAGAGGGGGACAUGA